UGACCCAUUUUCCAUUUAUGGCCGUAAAACAUUUGCAAUUCCAAUUCAACUUGUCGCGCGAUAGAUUGGUCUUUCUCUUUCGAACAUCUCAAUCUCAUUCUUUAUUUCCUUAUAAUAAUAAAUUCCCCAAAUCUUUUCUCUCUUUCUUCCUCCACCGCUCCUCCUCAACAACUCCGUCGCCGCCGAACAACCAUCUCCGCCGUCCGCGGCCUCCUCCUCCUCCACCCGUCGACAUGGCGCAGAAAUUCGGAAAAUCCACUCGCCGCCCCGGCGCUGCAUCCAAGGCUAGGGUUUAUGCUGAUGUCAACGUUGUUCGUCCUAAGGAAUAUUGGGAUUACGAAACCCUCACCGUUCAGUGGGGGGAGCAAGAUGAUUAUGAGGUGGUGAGGAAAGUGGGAAGGGGGAAAUACAGUGAGGUGUUUGAAGGUGUUCAUUGUACUGAUAAUGAAAAAUGUGUUAUUAAGAUUCUCAAACCUGUCAAGAAGAAGAAGAUCAAGAGGGAAAUCAAAAUAUUACAGAAUCUUUGUGGAGGGCCCAAUAUUGUAAAGUUGCUUGACAUUGUUAGAGACCAGCAGUCGAAGACCCCAAGUCUCAUAUUUGAAUAUGUCAAUAACACUGAUUUUAAAGUACUCUAUCCUACACUGUCAGACUAUGAUAUAAGAUAUUAUAUCUAUGAACUUCUGAAGGCAUUGGAUUAUUGCCAUUCGCAAGGGAUCAUGCAUCGGGAUGUGAAGCCCCAUAAUGUAAUGAUUGACCAUGAGCAGCGUAAGCUUCGCCUUAUAGAUUGGGGGCUUGCAGAGUUCUAUCAUCCUGGGAAGGAAUAUAAUGUUCGUGUGGCUUCAAGAUAUUUCAAAGGCCCAGAGCUUCUUGUUGAUCUUCAAGACUAUGAUUACUCUCUUGAUUUGUGGAGUCUUGGUUGUAUGUUUGCCGGGAUGAUAUUCCGGAAGGAGCCGUUCUUUUAUGGUCACGAUAACUAUGAUCAACUGGUCAAGAUAGCCAGGGUACUUGGGACGGAUGAAUUGAAUGCAUAUUUGAAUAAGUAUCGCAUUGAGUUGGACCCACAUUUUGCAGCACUUAUUGGGAGGCAUAGCAGGAAGCCAUGGCAAAGGUUCAUUAAUGUUGAAAAUCAACACUUGACUGUUCCUGAGGCUGUUGACUUUGUUGACAAGUUACUGCGAUACGAUCACCAAGAACGGCCCACUGCAAAAGAAGCCAUGGCUCAUCCAUACUUCAAUCCAAUUAGAAAUGCGGAAAGUAGCAGAGCUCGUGCACAUUGAGCUGCUGAUGCUUGUUGUGAAUUGUGAUAUAUGGUGUUCGCUCUUGAUUGAAAAAUCGGAACUUUUAUUUAUGGUGGAACUUGCAUUUUGGAGAUUCUGCCCCUUUCUGUUGUAAAAUUCAAUUUGAUUUGCUCUUGCCCUAUUGCCUUUGGUUUCCGAUUUUGUUAUUUUGGUGGAAAUUUCAGGUCUCAGCAAUUUCAAUAUUUGAUUGCGUGCUCUACAUUUGAAAAUGAAAUAUCGAUUCCAUUUGAGUUUAAGUUUUGUAUCUUCUGUUUUUUCCAAAAAAAAUAAUACCCAACAAAUUUUAGUUUCA